UUUAAAAAUUAUUUUAAUUAGCAAUAAGGAUACUAUAAAAACAGGUAGCCAUAGAAAAUAAUUUUAGAUCCAGUGGUAAGUUAGUUAAGUUGAAAUUAAACUAAACAAAAAGAGCUGGACCUGUUUUCUUCCUUCAGAUUGGACACUCCAAAGAAUUGACUUUUGCCUUUAUACAGCACCUGACACAAUAAGGUUCCAUUCUUGAUUGAUUGGUCAUUUGGCGUAAUUCAGUAAAUGCAAUAAUUAGUAGUGGUAUGUUCCAGAACUGCUUGUGAGUUGUUCUCUUCCCAUAUCAAACCUCAGAUAUAAAAUCUGGUGACUUGAGAUGGAAUCAUGUAAGGAAGGAAUACACACAAUCAUGUAAGGAAGGAGAUAUCCAAGGUACCAAGCCAAAUUAAUCUGUUGGCUUGCUUUUUCUUUUAUUUUAGGAUGACUGUGAAAAGCUGGCUAACUUCCUGGAAAAUGCCUUCCACAAAUACCGGUCUCCUCCCUUGUGAGUCACUUUGCUGCAGUCCGGGACAGCAGGGUCUCCUGUGCCACAGGGACAGGCAGCACACCAGACGAGAAGGCUGCAGGGCUUCUGACUGAACUUCCUCCAGUGGGACUGACCAGACCACUCGCUCCAGACUGAAUCUUUGCAGUCCAUGAGACGUGUAUGCCUUAGCUGUGGUGUGGAAAGACAACAGCAAGUGGAGGAGUAACCAGCAAAUAGGGGACGGCCUGUGCACGAGUAUGUGCUCUGGCCCCCACUCAUGCAGCAGUAAGCCAGAGGGAGUUGUGAGGCAUGAGGGAGUGCGGUAGCACUUCUUCAACCCCUUGCUGAUGUUAUUUGUGAAGAUACAAAGCUGCUGCAAGACUUCCCCAAACUGAUAAAUUUGCCUCUGGGAAUUAUAAGCUUUUCUCACUGCAGGUCCCAAAGCUAUUUUUUUUCCUCUUUGCCAGUUGGUGAUACAUGCAGAAGAGAGGAGAGGAGCAGGAUUGGAAAGCUCUGGUGCAGUUUCCAAUCUGCCACAUUCUGUUCUUUAUAUCCAGUUAUUCCUGUUUUGAUUUCUCCAGCACAGAUAAAACACUGUGAUGCCUUGUAAUUAGAAUUGCACACUUUGGUAUAAGCUGAAGAGUGGACUUUGUGAGCUGGACUUGACACGGCAGACGAUUCCAGAAAUCCAAAUCUACCAGCUGGAUCCUAACAUGUCAAAAACGUGGAAACGCCACUGGUGCUGAACAAACCCUUGUCAUUCUCCUGUUUGUCUUAGGCCUUCCAAAAUCUCAUGACAUCUUAAGGGGGAAACCCCUGGUGUCUCUUCCUCCUCUGUUUCUCCUAGAGUAUUUGUAACUUCUGUCAUUAGUGUGGAGAAAGGGGCAAUCUUAGCUGCAGUGCAUGUCAGGCUCAAUUGGUGAAAAUUGCAAACAGGAAUUAUUUGUGUAGCAAGAGCUAUGCAGUGCUGCUCCAUGCUGUUCACGUUGUGCCGUAUGGUGCCAGCAGCCUCACGCUGUGCUGUGCUGGUGUGCUGUGCUGUGCUGUGCCAGGUCCUCCGUGCCUGCAUUACGCUUUGCAGUGUUGCACCAACUGUAUUACACUGGGCUGGGUUUGCCAUGCUACGAUGCUACGCUGAGCUGUCAAAUUAUGCUGUUUUCCCAUUUGUGCUGCGUUGUGCCAACUUUACAGAAACUGACAAAUCAAUAAAGCCAUUGAAAGCAGCUUAUCUCAUCAGAGGAGCUGAUCCACUGAGCAAAACACUCAAUAAUUUCUUAGUCACUCUUACAGUUAAGAAGAGUAAAAAAGCUUCCUUGUGUUCAACAGACUUAUCCACAGAAUCAGGUAAAUUGGGUAGAGGAGGAAUCCAGUAGAGAAACAUCAUUCAGCUGCAUGAUUCAAAAAUUGCUCCUUCUCCAGAACAAGCUUGCACUUGCUUUUGCAAACUGAGAAAUUCCUUCCUAUACCAGUUACUCCAUUUCCCUGAUGAGCUCAUUAGCUCUUCUUUAACACAUUUCACCCGGUUUAAUUGUUUCUUUUAACAUUGUUACCACUCAGUUUGAGUGAUGGUUCCCCCUCCUACUGGCCAUGAUGCACUCAGCAGUUAAGAGUUCGUUAACCAGCUAUUGUUGGAUGUUUUGAAUACAUGACGGGCUGUAGACAUAGAAUCACAGAAGAGGCGAGGUUGGUAGGGACCACUCAAGAUCCCAGGAGGUCCCUUCCGCCCUCAGCGGUCUUCCAGCCCAAAGCCCCUUGCUCGAGCUGGGUCACCCAGGGCCAUGUCCAGUCAGGUUGGAGUAUCGCCACGGAUAGAGACACCACAGCUUCUCUCAGCAAGCUGUGCCAGUGUUCAGCCAGCCUCACUGAAGAAAAGCGUCCUCCUGUGUUCAAAUGGAAUUUCCCAUUUUUCAGUUUGGGCCCAUUGUCUCUUGUCCUGACACUGGGAUCUGCUGAGAAGGGCAUAGCUCCAUCUUCUUCAGCCUCUAAUCAGGCAUUUGUAUGCAUUGAUGAGCCACUGCAAGCCUCUCCAGGCUGAGCAGCCCCUGCUCUCCGCCUCUCCUACAACAGAUGCUUCAGUCCCUUCCCCAUCUUGGUGACCCUGCACCAGACUCACUCCAGUAAGUCCAUCUCUUUCUUGUCCCUGGGAGCCCAGCAUGGGGUCCAGCACUCCAGAUGUGGCCUCGCCAGCACUGAGCAGAGGAAGGACCUUCCCUCAGCCAGCUAGCAAGGCUUUCCCUGGUGCAGCCCAGGAUACCAUUGGCCUUCUCUGCUGUAAGAACACAUUGCAAGAGCACGUUCUAGAACACAAGUCCUGUGAGGAGCGACUGAGGGAACUGGGGGUGUUUAGUCUGGAGAAGAGGAGGCUCAGGGGAGACCUUAUUGCUCUCUGCAACUGCCUGAAAGGAAGGUGUGGGGAGCUGGGGGUCGGCCUCUUCUCACAGGUAACCAGUGAUAGGCCUAGAGGGAAUGGCCUCAAGUUGUGCCAGGGGAGGUUUAGGUCGGAAAUUAGGAGACAUUUCUUCUCAGAAAGAGCAGUCAGGCAUUGGGACGGGUUGCCCAGGGAGGUGGUGGAGUCACCGUCCCUGGGGGUGUUCAAGGGAAGGUUGGACGUGGUGCUUAGGGACAGGGUUUAGUGGGUGACAUUGGUGGUAGGGGGACAGUUGGACCAGAUGAUCCUGGAGGGCUUUUCCAACCUUAAUGAUUCUGUGAUUCUGUGAUUGCUGGCUCACAGUCAGCUUGGUGUCCAGCACGAUGUGCAUGGCCUUCUUUGCAAAACUGGCACCAUCACAAGAAUGGAAAUCCUGCCCUCACAUUUGCAAGUCAGACAAGAAAGAUGUGUCCUCAGACACAGCUGGUCAAGUCUGAUCAGCUAAUUACGGUUGUAAUUCUUGCCCAUGUUAUAGUUGUGGUACUGCACAUCUUUUAGUAGAAUAUCUAGUCUUUAAAGAUUGCAUAAUGUAGGAAUCCACUGUGUCUCAAUAAUUAAUGUUUUCCAGUGGUUAACGGCAGUCACUUAAAUUCGGAUUAGAAAUAUGGUUCACGUUUUUAUGUUCAAAUUCAGACAUUGUACCUUUAUCUGCUAGAUAAAGGAACUUUUGCAGUGCAAGAUUUAUCAUGUUAAGAGUACUUAGAUAUUAAGUCAUCCUUCAGAGGCUUUUGGUGAGCUUUAUUGUUUUUAGCUUUCUAAAUCUUUUAUCAGUCAGAUAGACUUUUGGAACCUGUAAACUUCUCAGAGCUUUUUCCCUAGCCUUCUAUCUUGUUUGUAGCACGGCCAGCAGGCCAGGUCAUUCUCACGGCCCUUUAAAUAAUUAAGUGCAGAGCGUAACAACACAUCUGUUCCUUGCUGAGGGGAUUCUUCCUUUGAAAAAUAGCCUCCUCUAGAGGCAGUGUCUUUUUGGGGCCCUUUUUAUUUCAGCGGCAUUUCCGUCCCGUGACAGAGAUCAUCUGCUCUCGGCCGUUUGACCUCGCCUUUGCCCGUGUAUUUUAAUUUGCAUGUAAGAGACUGGAGCCACCUGAAAAGAGCAGAGCACACGGGAAGGGCUGCGCACAGAUUCAGGCACCGGGACUACAGCAGUUCGGUAGCUCUCAGUUUGUGCGUUCAGCUAACGCCGAUCUCCCAACACCUGGCGCUCCGGCCUCGCAGCUCCGCGGCCCGUGGCACCAACGCGGGCCCUCUCGUGACGGGCGGGACUCAGCUCCUGGCGCCUCCGGUGCGUGCAGGCGCCACCUUCGUCCCGAGCAGCGCCAGUCCCGCUGCCGGCGGCACCAACAGCUCCUCGGCACGCCGAGCAGGAGGAUCGCUGGUGCGGCAGCGGCCCGGGCAGACACCUCACCGGCCCCCCCGCGGCGCUGCAGCCCCCGGGACGCGGCACGAAGCGGCAGCGGGCGGGGCGGGGCUCGGCUCCGUGACAGGGACGGGGCCCUGACGGGACCCGCCGCCAACCCCGCCGCCCCGCCCCUGGUCACGCCGCUACCCGAAACUCUCGCGAGACGUCCUCCCGCCGCUUGCCUGAGGAGCGCUCGCGAGAGCUCGCCGUUCCGCGCGCGCCCUGAAGUUCUCGCGAGAGCGCCGCGCUCCGUGCCGACGGGGUGGACAAGAUGGCGGCCACGACCACCAUCUCCCUGGGUACAGAGUCCAUUAAGAUGGAAAAUGGACAAAGCACAGCAGCUAAGCUGGGGCUUCCUCCCCUCACACCAGAACAGCAGGAAGCUCUCCAGAAAGCAAAGAAGUAUGCGAUGGAGCAGAGUAUCAAGAGUGUGCUGGUGAAGCAAACCAUCGCCCACCAGCAACAGCAACUCACCAACCUGCAGAUGGCAGCAGUGACAAUGGGCUUUGGAGAUCCUCUCUCACCUUUACAAUCGAUGGCAGCUCAGAGGCAGCGCGCCUUGGCCAUCAUGUGUCGCGUUUAUGUGGGCUCCAUAUACUAUGAACUUGGAGAAGAUACCAUUCGCCAGGCCUUUGCCCCAUUUGGACCUAUAAAAAGCAUUGAUAUGUCCUGGGACUCGGUUACGAUGAAGCAUAAGGGUUUUGCUUUUGUGGAAUAUGAGGUGCCUGAAGCUGCUCAGCUGGCCUUGGAGCAGAUGAAUUCUGUCAUGUUGGGAGGAAGAAAUAUAAAGGUGGGGAGACCUAGUAAUAUAGGUCAGGCACAACCAAUUAUAGACCAGCUAGCAGAAGAGGCACGGGCUUUCAACCGCAUCUAUGUGGCCUCUGUUCAUCAGGACCUUUCAGAUGAUGACAUCAAGAGUGUGUUUGAGGCCUUUGGAAAGAUCAAAUCCUGCACGCUAGCCAGAGAUCCCACGACAGGAAAACACAAAGGCUAUGGUUUCAUUGAAUAUGAGAAAGCACAGUCUUCUCAAGAUGCAGUUUCCUCUAUGAACCUCUUUGACCUUGGGGGUCAAUAUCUCCGAGUUGGUAAAGCUGUGACUCCUCCAAUGCCGCUCCUGACACCUGCUACGCCAGGGGGAUUACCUCCAGCAGCAGCUGUUGCUGCAGCAGCUGCGACAGCAAAGAUUACAGCACAGGAAGCAGUGGCAGGAGCUGCAGUUCUUGGCACUUUGGCUACCCCUGGGCUAGUAUCUCCAGCACUGACUCUUGCCCAGCCAUUAGGGGCAUUGCCACAGGCUGUAAUGGCAGCGCAGGCACCAGGAGUAAUUACAGGUGUAACCCCUGCCCGACCUCCAAUUCCUGUCACUAUCCCCCAAGUGGGAGUUGUGAAUCCUAUCCUGGCCAGUCCCCCAGCGUUGGGCCUGAUGGAGGUCAAAAAGGAAAAGGAAGAGGAGGAGGUAUUCCAGGAGUCAGAGAGGCCAGAGAUGCUAAGUGAACAGGAACACAUGAGCAUAUCUGGCAGCAGUGCCCGUCAUAUGGUGAUGCAGAAAUUGCUUCGUAAACAGGAGUCCACUGUGAUGGUGCUUCGCAACAUGGUGGAUCCAAAGGACAUUGAUGAUGACCUAGAGGGAGAAGUGACAGAAGAGUGUGGCAAAUUCGGGGCUGUAAACAGGGUCAUCAUCUACCAGGAGAAGCAGGGAGAAGAGGAGGAUGCUGAGAUCAUUGUCAAGAUAUUUGUGGAGUUCUCCAUGGCCUCAGAGACUCACAAAGCCAUUCAGGCUUUGAAUGGGCGCUGGUUUGCAGGAAGAAAAGUGGUGGCAGAGGUGUAUGACCAGGAGAGAUUUGAUAACAGUGACCUGUCAGCAUGAACUCUACUUGGAGGACUUCACCCCUACCCCUUCUGCCUGUCUGUUUUUUUAGCCAUGUGUAAAGAAUGCUCCAGGGUGGGCGCAGAUCUCUGUGAUGUACUUGUAGUUUGGAUAAAAGCGCAAAGAAA